CCCGCCCGACCCGCAGCCCGAGGCCCGCAGCCCCAGCCCCGAGGCCCGAGGCCCAGGCCCGACACCGACACCGGGCAACGGCCGCCCGGAGACCCUCGCAGCGACCCGACGACCCGCGGACAGACAGACAGACCCACCGACAGACGGACCCUCCCACCCUCCCACCCACCGACCGACGUACGUAGGUCCGGGCCGGCAGGAGCCGAGCGCUCGGGGGCUCACCCGGGACCUUGUGGCCCUCUGCCACCGGACGGACGGACGGACGGACGGGCACGCACACCCACCCGCACGUGUGUACGUACACCCCACUGAGACGCCCUCCUCAGCGGCCCACGCUUCAGUCCGUACUCCAAAACGCGGUUGUCUUGGCCAGUGCUGACCGCCCGCCGCCAGCCAUGGGGAACAUCUUCGCCAACCUCUUCAAGGGCCUCUUCGGCAAAAAAGAGAUGCGGAUCCUGAUGGUGGGUCUGGACGCCGCCGGGAAGACCACCAUCCUCUACAAGCUGAAGCUCGGGGAAAUAGUGACCACCAUCCCCACCAUCGGCUUCAACGUGGAGACGGUGGAGUACAAGAACAUCAGCUUCACGGUGUGGGACGUGGGCGGCCAGGACAAGAUCCGGCCGCUCUGGCGACACUACUUCCAGAACACGCAAGGCCUCAUCUUCGUGGUGGACAGCAACGACCGGGAACGCGUCAACGAGGCCCGGGAGGAGCUCAUGAGGAUGCUGGCCGAGGACGAGCUCAGGGACGCCGUCCUACUGGUGUUUGCCAACAAGCAGGACCUGCCCAACGCCAUGAACGCGGCGGAGAUCACGGACAAACUGGGACUGCACUCCCUGCGCCACCGAAACUGGUACAUCCAGGCCACCUGCGCCACCAGCGGGGACGGGCUCUACGAGGGACUGGACUGGCUGUCCAAUCAGCUCCGGAACCAGAAAUGAGCGGCCCCCCCCAGCCCCCUUCCUCUCUCCGCCGCCCCCUCCUCCCCAUCCUCCUCCUCUCCAUCCUCCUCUCUCCGCCGCCCCCAUCCCCUUGCCCCCCCUCUGCUAUACUCUACUGUGGCAGACUGUGCUACCCUGUGGUCUCGAGUGCCGGCAGCCAUCCUCCCCCCGUCACAGUCCAGCCGGGCGCCCAGCCGCCCGCGCGACGGCCGCCAACCCCCCCCCCCCCGACUCCCGCCCCGUCCCGGCGGGAGGGGGGUCUCUUAUUUAAUGUAAAUAGUUUCCGUUUCCAGCGAGGCAGUUUCCGGCACUCCUAUGCAAUCUUACUCGGCUUUUUUUAUUGUAAAAAAGAAAAAAAAAAAGAGGAGAAAAAAAAAAGAAGAAAAAUCGACUCCCCCGUUGGUCCCGAGGGGGCCUGGCCAGGCCCACCCGCGCUUGGGGAGGGGAGGGGCGGCCCGCUCUGGCUUGGCUUUUAACCUGAACUCUGUAUUUUUUUAAAAAGCUGAUAACAGGAGGACACUUGAAGCCCCGCCGGUGGGAGGGGACGGGGCUGGGGGUUGCCAACCCUUCCGCCCCGGUGUGCCCCCGCACCCCAGCCGGACCGGCGGGGUCCCCGGUGGGUCGGGAGCGGCGGGCCCAGGGUUCGUGGGAGGAGGCGCCCAGCCGGUUCUUUACCCCCCUGCCCACCGGGAGCCAGGGAUCCAGAGACCAACUCCAGUCCCAUUCCCCCCAAGGAGCCCCGCCGGGACCAGGGCCGGAUGCCCCCCGGGAACAAGCUGGCACCGCACGGCGCCCGGGCGGGGGGACGGGGACGGCCCCGUCCCCCUCAGCCGCCCCCUCCGUGCCCCUCGCCCUCUUUGGCUACUUGUUGGGGUCCCCGCCCUCCCCCUCUGCCCCCUCCCUCCCUCCCCGUCCUUCCGAGCCCCCCUAACCCCC